AUGUAUGGCAGCAGUUAUCAAGGCUCAGGAGUCAGACGUAAAAAUUAAGUAGAGGACAUUCAAGCAUUAAAUUUGUAUGCAGAUUCAGCGCGGCAAAGAGAAAAUCAGCAAAGGUCGCUGAGAACUGAUGAUAUUCAAGGAGCACAAGCAAAAACGAGUUUUAUGAAAAGAGCAAAUUAUGAAAACUCAGGGUCUGGAUUGAAUUUACCGAGCUACGCAGGGCAGGAAGUACCUCCUGCAGGAAGCAGAAAAGGAAGUGGAUAUAGGGCGAAAGCACCAUUUGCUACAUUCGAAGAUGAGCCUGUCCAAGUGAAAAAUCAAAUAAAUGAAGGGGGAUUAGAAGAAAUAAGAGGAGAAAAUUUGAAUCAAGGAGCAAAUUUUGAAGCGGAUCAAAGAAUUAUUGAAAUGCCUAAAAAUAUUGCUGCAAAUUUUUACGGAGUUACUCCACCUCAGAGUAGCGGAGUCUAUCAAAUUCCAUAUCAAAGCCAAUCCCCUUACCAAAAUCAGCCAUCUUAUCAGCCUGCGCUUCAAAAUAACAGGCCAGUAUCAAAUGAGCAAGUUUACUCUAAAGAUACUGCAAAGUUUUAUGGAGUAACUCCUCCUCAAAGUGGAUAUCCUUCAAAUUUUCCGAAUGAGCAAGCUAAUUUUCAAGCUCCUGAGCAAAUCAAUGAUCCCUUCAAUGAUAAAGAUCUCGCCAAAUUUUAUGGAAUCACCCCUCCACAAUCAGGAAAUAGAGCUAACUUAUUUAUGCAGAACCCUGAUAAUCUACCUCAAUCAAGAGGCCCUAUUAAGCCAAAUUAUGAUAUCCGAAACCCAGAGCUUAAUUCUCAAUCAAGAGGCUCAAAUAAACCAGUUUAUGAUGCAGCUUAUAAUAAAGAUGCUGCUAGAUUUUAUGGCAUUACUCCUCCGCAAACAGGUUCUCAAGCCAAUGCCUAUCCAAAUUAUAAUCAAGAUGUUUAUUUCCAGAAUCAGCCACCAUCUCAAGGCCGUCAGCAAGUGCAGUUACUUUCUCAAGGCCGUCAGCAGGCUCAGUUGCCUUCUCAAGGCAAUCAACAAACAUAUACCAACCCAGUUGAUGAAGGUACAGAUCCUAUGCCUGAAAAUCAAAUCCAGUAUUUUAACCAAGAUUCGGGGUACGAUAAAAAUGCAGCUAGGUUUUAUGGGAUAACUCCUCCACCUACAGGAGGAAGAAGGAGUGAGACUUAUCUGGAAAAUAAUCAAUACCAGAUUGAAAGCAAUCAGUAUGCACCUCCAAUGAGUGGAGGAGGAAGAAGAAGCCUAAAUGCUUAUGAGCCAGAAGCAAAUCCAUAUGUUCAAUCAGUAGAGCAGAGAUCAAUGUCAGCUCAUAAAUUAGAGCCAAGAGCUAUUUCUAGGAAUUCACAAUUACAAGCAUCUUCUAAUAAUCAAUAUUAUGGUAACGAAAAUCCUAUGCCAUAUAUUGACUCUCAAAAAAGAAAUCCUGAACCGUUUUAUGGUAACCCACAAGGGUAUAAUGAAGUCUAUAAUGAAAACUUGCCUCAAGUGCCAUCAGGAGAAAAACCAAUUGAUCCCGAAUUCCAGUACGCCGCUGAAAAAAUUGCUUCAGGCAGAAGAAGCACUCCAGCCCAAAGAGCUGAUUUCCAGCCCCCUAUGAAUCAAUACUCCAACCACCCUUCAUCAAGAGCAAGCUCUAAAAAAAUGCUUUAUUAA